UAAAAAUCAAGAGGAAGAACAUCACCCAAACCCAAAAUACCCUUUCGCUAUUCACUGGUGGUUUUGGGCUCUCUCACCUUCCAUUCUUUCUGUUUCAAAACUCCAUUAACUUUCUUCAAAACAACCGUUGAUUACAAGAGUAAACAGUUCGGUGGCCAUAGCUCCAUAGAUGCGCCACGAUCUUCGCCUUCUCUUCCCAACAUCUUAAAUAUAUAUAGUUUUUCCACAAGCUUUUCUUCUUUCGAUCAACCCCUUUAAUCGCCCUUAACAGAUCUUUCCGUAUCCAGUUUUUGGUGGAUUGGAAAUUUGAUCAAGAAUGAAUCUGCAACAAGUUGCACCACCGAGGUCCUCUGCGAAUGGAUUCAGCCGCAGGAGAGGUGAAAAAGAAAUGGGUAUUAGAGUCGAUAAUAAAUCUCAGUCAGAAAAGUCGAACUUUAACAAAAUGACCACAACUGGUUUACCAACUGGAAACAAAGGGGGAGUUGAUAGCCCAUCACGUCAGCGACUUGUUUAUUUAACAACAUGUCUUAUUGGACAUCAGGUGGAAGUCCAGGUGACAGAUGGAUCUGUCUUCUCUGGAAUAUUUCAUGCCACAAAUGCGGAGGAUGAUUUUGGAAUAAUCUUGAAGAUGGCCUGCAUGACAAAGUCUAGUUCUUCUCAAGUACAGAAAAACAUUUCAGAUUCUGCUAACAAGGCUCCUUCUAAAACUUUAAUCAUACCCGCGAAUGACCUUGUGCAAAUUGUGGCAAAGAGUGUACCUGUAACCAGGGAUUGGUUGACAAAUGAGCUUCAGCACGAAAAACCACAAGACAUUAUGAUAGACUCCUUGAUUUCUCGUUCUCGGCAUGUUGAGUUGGAAAGAGAAUUGGAACCUUGGAUCCCUGAUGAUGAUAAUAUAGAAUGUCCUGAGCUGGACAAUACAUUUGAUCGUCAUUGGAAUAGGGGCUGGGAUCAAUUUGAAACGAAUGCAGCAUUAUUUGGAGUAAAAAGUACAUUUAAUGAGGAACUCUACACCACAAAGCUUGAUAGAGGUCCUCAGAUGAGAGAGUUAGAAAAGGAGGCUUUAAGAAUAGCAAAAGAAAUUGAGGGCGAGGAUACCCAAGAUCUUCAUUUAGCUGAAGAAAGAGGCAUACACUUCCAUAAUAGCUUUGAUCUCGAUGAAGAAACUAAAUAUUCAUCUGUUCUUCGCGGUGUUGAUGAUAGUGGUUAUGAUGAAAAUGAGGACAUUUGGGAUACAGAAAAUAUUGAAACCUUUGGAAAUGUCUCUGAUUCAGUCAUGAACACAUCGACUGACUUGAAAAGUGGUGGAUCUCAAUUACCAUCAAGCUUUUUGUCAUGGGUUGAGGGUCACGCUUCUCAAACGAGUUCAAGCACGGACUUCUAUCCAUCUGGUUAUUUGGACAGCGAGAACAGGAUUCAAGACAAAAAGGCUGGAAGUCAGGAGGAUACUGGGAAGCACAUGUUAUUUGAGCAAAACCAGGCUUCAGAAUCAGAGGAGUCGUCAUUGAGGCUUAAGAAAGAAAGCUCCGAGAAAGGACUCUCAGCAGACGCGACUGCAUAUGCUCCAUCUAAUGUCUUGUCUAAGGCUCCGGAAACGACGGGUUCUAGUGAAGCAUCAGAGGGUGCAACCACUCUCAAGAUACACGAGGCUACACAACCUGCAAUCUCUCGUGCACAACCUGGUAGUUCAUCAUCUACUUCGGAAUGUGGAAAUGCUGCCCCGACUGCUAGUGCUCCUGGACUAUCCCCUAGCUCGUCAAUGGGCUCUCUUAGUUCUGAAAAAUCAACAUUGAAUCCCAUUGCAAAGGAAUUCAGACUCAACCCAAAUGCGAAGAGCUUUGUUCCUUUGCAGACACCUUUAAGGCCUGCAUCUCCGGUAUCGGAUGGUUCCUUUUACUACCCAACUAAUGUAGCUCCAGUCUCACAUAUGCAAGGCGUGCCUGUUGGCAUUGGAAUGGGAACCUCAUUUUCCCCACACCAGCCAGCUAUGUAUGGUCCCCAGACAACGUCAUUUCAAUCACAGCAAGCCUAUUUCCACUCGAACGCCCCACAGUAUGGACAGCAAAUGCUUCUUGGUCAACCUCGGCAGAUGGUGUACAUGCCCACUUAUCCUCCGGAAAUGCCUUACAAGGGAAGAGAAUUUUAGCAUAUUCACAGGUCCUCUGCCUUUGUCUAUUCACAAGACUGUUAGCAUAUUCACAGGUCCUCUACCUUUGUCUAUUCACAAGAUUUUUAGCAUAUUCACAGGAUUGUCUGGAAUGGUUUUUGGUUUGAAGAAUCCAGCAGUCAUUAAGUGAAAUCAAUCCAUCAUCUUCUAAAAGGGAAUCCCUACCCUUUAUUGACCUUUGGGGAUUCAGAAGUUUUAGAGAGUAGUUUUUUUAUGCCAUUUUUUAAUGUUGUUUUGUACCAAUAGGUUUGAAGUUUGUGAGUUGGGAUAAAAUUUAUUUAGGUAUGUUUUAAUUUGCAACCUUUUUCUUUCUUUCUGUGUUAAAGAUAUGAAAUUAUUCAGGGAUAUUUUUUUA